AUGAGAAACCGAGGUAGGCGAUCUAGAAAUGGAUGCGUCAAUUGUAAACGGUUGAAAAUAAAAUGUAACGAAGGUAAACCAGUAUGUGAAUACUGUCUUCAUACACGCAGAGAAUGUGUGUAUCCGAAUGAGGUCUCUAGUGAUAGUCUAUCAGGGAUAUCCCAGUUAUCGUCGAUGACUUCAAGUCCAUCAAUGAUCUCUAAUGGAUCAACACCAAAUCAAUUACACGAACUUGAUUCAGAUAUGCAAAGUUUAUGUUUGCCUGAUCUCAGAUCGCAAAUGGUAUUUUUAUCACUUGCAAGAAAUCUAGAAAUAACCAGGUUCGAAUUAAGACUUUUGAAGUUCUUUCACGCACACUGUAUUCCAAUGUUCUCAUUUGAUAUGAAUAGUGGAGUUGAUAGAGUUUGGAGACAAGAGGUGCCAAUUUAUUUCACUGGUUCUAAACUUAUCAGAUCAGCUGUUUUUGCAUUUAGUUGUAUCAACUUAUGGCCGUUAUGUGAUUUAGUUGAUAUUAAAAGAAUCGAUGAUGGAAUAUCCAAACUCCAACAUGGAGUAAGACCCAGUCGAACUUAUAAUGAAAAACAAAUCCUCAAUACCUCUGUUGAUGAAGAGGAUAGCAAAGACCCUUUUUUUGAUAAUUUUUUUGCAACUGGUGAAAUCUCAACUGAGCAAAAUCUUUUCUAUAAAACAUCGAAUUAUUUCUUAUCCACCCUAAAUGACCUUACUAGUUCAAUUCAAGUGGAUCCUUCAAACACCUUCCAAUGCGUUGAGUUGUUCUUAGCAAGUAAUGUUAUGUUCGCUUUCCUUGGGGUCCAUCCUCAUGGGUUGGUUCCAUUAAUAGAUUUGGAUGGAGAAAAAGUUGGAGAUAGUAGCUCAAAUACUGACUUCAUGUCAAUUUGUUUUAGGUUGAGGAAUUCUAGGAACGAUUGUUUUGAUAGAGUUUUGGAAACGCCUUUCAAAGACUUAAUGCUUUUUUCAUCCAAUAAAGAUCAAGCUGCAAAUAAACAGAAAAUACCCUUAAUUGAAAAAUUAAAGGAGGAAUUACAGUAUUAUUCUAGUAUAAGUUAUGAGUCAAAUAUAAUUGAAAGUUCAAUCGAUAACUUGAAGACGUGCAUGCAGGUGGCUAUUUACUUGAACUAUCCAAUUCCAAUAUUCACCUGGACUUUGCUCGUAUCUGAGGAAUUUUAUAACUUAGCCUGUGACCGAAAUUAUUUAGCUUUGAAAAUCUUGUUUGUCUAUUCAUGCUUGAAUUCAUACACGAGCUUCAAAAUUUACAAUUAUCAAAACAUGUGGGCUGAUUAUAUUAACUGGUAUGCUCAACAUUAUACCCUAGACCAUUUCGAACAAUGUUUUUAUAAGAUCGUUAUCGAAAAAGGUAAAGUAAUCGAUUACGGAGAUUACGAAUUGCUUAGAAGUUUUGAUCCAGAAAAAGAGGUUACUCAUCUCUAA